CUUUCAUUCUAUUUACGUUGUGCACCGAGUGGCGCGUGCGCUUUGGCAAGUUGCAGGCUUCGGUUGCGAGUUGGGUUUCCUAAGCUUCUCGUCUGGCUACAUUAUCCUUUGUCCAGAGAUUUUGAUAUCAAGGUUGCAGCACAGAACAAGAUGUCCACCCCAGAGCCUAUUCCAAACCCGGAGGUGAAGUAUACACAGAUAUUCAUCAAUAAUGAAUGGGUAAAUUCUGUCAGUGGGAAGACUUUCCCCACUAUCAACCCGUAUACAGGGGAGAAGAUAUGUGAUGUCCAGGAGGGAGACAAGGCUGAUAUUGAUGUAGCAGUGAAAGCGGCCCGAGAAGCUUUUGCACUUGGUUCUCCGUGGAGACGCAUGGAUGCUUCAAAGAGAGGGUUACUUCUCAACAAAUUUGCUGACUUGAUGAUGAGGGACAGGGUCUACCUAGCAAGUUUAGAGACUUUGGACAACGGUAAACCCUAUAUUAACGCAUACGGCGAGGUUGAGUUUGCCGCUAAAACAAUUCGCUACUUUGCGGGGUGGGCAGACAAAAAUGUCGGCCAGACCAUACCAGUAGACGGCGAUCUGUUUGCUUACACUCGUCAUGAGCCUAUUGGGGUGUGCGGACAAAUUAUUCCUUGGAAUUACCCCAUCCCCAUGGCGGCUUGGAAGCUGGGUCCUGCUCUGGCUUGCGGAAACACAGUGGUCAUGAAGCCGGCAGAACAGACGCCACUGACCGCGCUCUACUUGUGUGCCUUGUUGAAAGAAGUUGGUUUCCCCCCUGGCGUCGUGAACAUGGUUCCUGGAUACGGUCCAACUGCAGGAGCUGCCAUAUCGGAGCACAUGGACGUGGACAAGGUGGCCUUCACCGGGUCAACAGAGGUAGGGCACCUGAUCAUGGAGGCUGCCGGGAGGACCAACCUGAAGGGUGUCACUCUGGAGCUCGGCGGAAAGAGUCCAAAUGUGGUGUUCGCUGACGCCGACUUGGAUCUUGCCAUUGAGAAGAGCCACAAGGCUGUGUUUGAUAACAUGGGCCAGUGUUGUAUCGCUGGUUCAAGGACGUUCGUGCAGGAGGAAAUUUACGACGAGUUUGUGAAGAGGGCAAAGGAGAGAGCCAUUAGGAGAGUGGUCGGAAACCCUCUGGACUACAAGACCGAGUCUGGGCCACAGAUUGAUGAGGAGCAGUUUAACAAGAUCAUAGACCUGAUCAGAAGUGGCGUUUCACAGGGCGCCAAGCUGCAGUGUGGAGGGAACCGUAUUGGGGACAAGGGUCUGUUCGUGGAAUCUACGGUGUUUUCUGAUGUCACAGACGACAUGAGAAUUGCUAAAGAAGAGAUAUUUGGUCCCGUUCAACAAAUAAUGAAGUUCAAGACUAUGGAGGAAGUAAUCGAGAGGGCCAAUAACACAACAUAUGGGCUUGGAGCCGCCGUGUUCACCCAAGAUAUAAACAAGGCAAUUAAAUUCUCCAACAGCGUCAAGGCGGGCACCGUUUGGGUUAACACCUACAAUGAAACGACUGUAGCGGCACCUUUUGGUGGGUACAAGAUGUCCGGGCUUGGAAGGGAAUUGGGAUCGUACGGCUUACGCCAGUACACCGAGAUAAAGACGGUGCUUAUUCGUAACACAGACAAGAACAGUUAAACAGACGCGGAUCAUCACCUGUGGGCGGGGUAUACACUGGUAUCUGUUCACGCUAUGAUGUACGUCAGACGUGAUGAUAUACCCUUUGCAUUAAAGUUUCCCGGUGCGAUGUGAAG